AUGGUUCGAAAACAAUCAAUAGGGCUGUAUGCCCUCUCAUUCUUCCCAUUGACACGGGCUCUGGGGGUUUCGACGACUUCUUCAACUGCUUCGGCCCAUGAUCCAUUGCGGCUGGAUCUCCCUGAAGCGACACCAUGGGCCGACUCGGGUGUAAGGGGAUUGCACCGACGUGCUAAUGGCUAUAAUGACUCUUAUACGGGAACCGUCGUCUCUGCCACUGGAAGUGCUGCUAAUCCAGCGACAACUACAUACACAGAAUGGGCUAGUGCCAGUGUAUGUGGUUUCGUGGACGGAAUCUUGGACUACUCCUCUGAAAUCGCAUGCUACGGCUACACACAAUGUGUCUUCCAUACAGCAGACGUCAACUAUCCCGCCAUGGUAGGCUGUUGCGACAACGCUUAUUCCCAGCAAUGCCUGUUCGAGACUACCUGCUACGAUGCCGCUCGAAUUGCCGCAACUCCUACUCUGACCGAGUCACCUGCAAAUGAAUUUGCGAUCUUCUGCACGAAGUCGACGGCUGCAUCUUGCAUUCAAUGGACCUACCCCGAGCUAUCCAUCACAGACUUUGGAUGCUCGAGUAUCCACACCACCCAGACCUUAUACUUGACGGCCCACCCAUACUCAAACAACGUUCCCGUGAGCAGCAGUCUCAGUUACGUCGGUGGAAUUCCCACAGUGGCAUCUGUGAUCGGAUCCCUGGUAAACGAUAACUUCAUCUCAGACUAUUUCCACAUGGCUGCCGCUACAGGUUCAGUGAACCGGAACGUGCCAUCAUCCACGGGCGUAGGUUCAUCCACUGCUGCCUCUGGUUCAUCAACAGGGUCCGCAGCGGCAACUCCUGCACACCAUUCAUCCAAUACUGCCGCGAUCGCCGGAGGUGUGGUCGGUGGAGUCGUGGGCCUGGCCGGCAUCGGAGCAGCCAUCUUCAUGUUCAUCUUGAUGAAAAAGAAGAAGCAGGCUCAACAGCCUGCGUAUGAACCAGCCCCUACAGAUGGCAGCGUGCUCUCAUCCACACCACCACCUCCUCCCCCGCCCCCUCCCAUGAGCGAAUCGCUUCCCUCGCCGUCGGAAGUCAGUGGAUCCUCGUUCCACAAGUAUGCCGCAGUCGACGCAUACCAAGCAGACAUGAAGUACCAAUCUGGUCCUAUUCCGCAAGAGAUGGAUGCGCGAAGCUUUGUUGCCGAACUUCCUGCGCCGGCCCACGAUACCCGACCUCUUUCUUAUGUGGAAACGCCGAUAUCUUAUACGUCCGGGCAUAGGUACGGCAGUUAG